GCCUGUCAUUUUACAAGAGCCGUUCGCUACCGAAGAUGAAGCCUGCGUUGCUUGCCGUCGUAUUUCUCAGCGUGUUUCUUGUGUGCUUGGAAAGCCACAGAAUUCACAGUUUGGAAACAAAUACAUCCUCUGAGAACACUGAAUCAGACGCCGUGGUAACAGAUUUAGAAACAAAAAACGUGACGGACACAUCAGAUGAGACGAACACAACAAACGUGACGGACACAUCAGAUGAGACGAACACAACAAACGUGAAGGACACGUCAGAUGAGACGAACACAACAAACGUGACGGACACGUCAGAUGAGACGGACACAACAAAUGUGACGGACACAACAGACAAUACGGAAACAUCUGAACCAGUUUAG